CCUUGCAACUCGCAGCGUCGCCCUCCCCCUUUAUUUUUGCAUCCACACAAGAUGGCGAUGGAGGGGAGGCAGAGCCCGUCCUUGCGCUGCGUGCACGUCUAACCGUCUCCUCCUUUCCCCUCCCCUCGCGCGCCAGCCCCGACAGGCGAGCCCGAGCCGCCGCCGCGGUGGUGCCUUCCCUCCCUCCCGCAGCCUCCCUUUGCCUUUCCCCGCCUUAAUUCCCACCCGGAGCUCCGGCGGGCUUACAUGGCGCGAGAGGGACUGCUUGGCCUCGCGAUUCUAGCCUUGACCUUGGCCGUGGAAGGAGAACCAUCUCGAAGGCAUUCUCUGGAGCUGAGCUGUGGCCUUGGCCCUGGCCAAGUGACAUUAGAGCUGGACCAAAGUCUGGAGUUGCAUUGCAGUCUGGCGCCUGUCGAUCAGCUCCUCAACAUUACCUGGAAGAAGAAUGGGCUUCCACUUGCAGAAGAGGACAACCUCCACAUCCUCCCCAAUGGAUCUUUGCUCAUAUUGCCAGCCAAGGCAGCUUCAGAGGAGAGCAGCCCUCCAGGAGGGUCCAGCACAGAGGGAAAUUACUCCUGUGUCUCUCAUGGAUCUUUCGGCUCGGUUGCUGGCCAGACAACUGUGCUUCGUGUGUCGACUUUGUCUCAAUUUUUUCAACAUCCAGAGUCCCAGACGGUGGAAGAAAAUGGGAUGGCCCGCUUUGAGUGUCGGAUCAAAGGACUGCCCCCUCCAAUAAUCACCUGGGAGAAGGACGGAGUGGCUGUGCCUUCAGAACACCGGUUCAUUGUUCUCCCAAACGGUGUCCUCCAGAUCAUAGAUGUGAAGGAGAGUGAUGCUGGGGUGUACCACUGUGUGGCAACCAACAGGGCAGGGAAACAGUAUAGCUCUGCUGCGGUCCUCAACAUCUCGAAAGGUUACCAGCUGCCCCUAUCAGAGGAUGCUGCCAUUGUGGCUGCACCGGAAAAUGUCACGGUGGUGGUUGGAGAAAGCGCCGUGAUGGAGUGCAUGUCAUCUGCCAGUCCGACACCAUUUGUCUCUUGGAUACGGGAUGAUGGCAACCCUAUUUCCACGGAGGUGAUUGUGCUGGGACGGACCAACCUCUUGAUUCCUCAUGCCCACCUCCAUCACUCAGGAAUUUACGUCUGCCGUGCCAAUAAACCCCAGACCAGGCAGUUUGUAACCGCUGCAGCUGAGCUCCGAGUCCUUGCGCCCCCUGCCAUCUCCCAGGCUCCUGAAACCAUUUCCCGGACCCGAGCCAGUACCGCCAGAUUUGUCUGUAAAGCAGAAGGAGAGCCGCCUCCCAGCAUCCUCUGGCUGAAGGACGGAGAGCCUCUCUUGUCCAAAGGACGGGUGAAGAUGCAAAGCAGUGGGACCCUGGUGAUCAACCAGAUCGGGCUGGAUGAUGCUGGCUAUUACCAGUGCAUGGCAGAGAAUCCCCUAGGCAUGGCGUGCGCCACUGCCAGGCUGGUGGUGAUUGUGCGGGAAGGUCUGCCCAGUGCUCCCAAGAGGGUGUCUGCCAGUUCCCUCUCCAGCACAACUGUUCUGGUAUCCUGGGAGCGGCCGGAGUUCAACAGCGAGCAGAUAAUUGGCUUUUCACUCCAUUACCAGAAAGCUUUGGGCACCGAUAACGUGGAGUACCAGUUUGCGGUGAAUAACGACACAACCGAGUUCCAGGUCAAAGACCUGGAGCCGAACACCAACUACGUUUUCUACGUGGUGGCCUACUCGCAGCUUGGAGCCAGCCAGACCUCUUCUUCCAUAAACGUACAGACAUUGGAAGAUGUUCCCAGCGCAGCUCCACAGCUGUCUCUUUCCAGCACAACCCCGAUGGACAUCAAGGUGACUUGGCUGCCUCUCCCUCCGGAACUCAGCAGUGGGCGGAUCACCAAAUACAAAAUUGACUACGCCCCCCUCAAGGAAGAUCUGAUUUCCUCAACCGAGGUUGGCACAAAUGAGACACAACUCACUCUUUACGCCCUGCACCCUAAUAAAAUCUACAAAGUGCGCAUUGCGGCAAGCACUAGCGCUGGCUAUGGAGCCCCUUCGGAAUGGACACAGCACCGCACUCCGGAUAGAGACAAUCAGACUCACGUUCCGUUUGCCCCGACCGAGUUAAAAGUCCUAACGAAGAUGGAGUCCCUCUUGGUGAGUUGGCAACCCCCAACCAACCACGCCCAGAUUUCAGGCUACAAACUGUACUGCCGCGAAGUGGCCUCAGAGGAGACGAGUGAGGAGAACCCCUCUGAAGUCCCUCGGGACGACACUUGGGAUGUUGGGCCAAUCAAGCUGAAGAAGAAAGUCAAGCAGCAUGAACUGACGGGGUUGGUCCCAGGGAGGCUCUACGAGGUGAAGCUGGUGGCCUUCAAUAAGCAUGAAGAUGGCUAUGCGGCAGUGUGGAAGGGGAAGACCGAGAGAGCGCCUGUAACUGCAGCAGACCUCCCGCUUCAGAAGGGCCUGCCACUGCCCCCAGCCCAUGUCUAUGUGGAAUCCAACAGUUCCACAUCAAUUUGGCUCCGGUGGAAGAAACCUGACUUCACCACCGUGAAGAUUGUCAAUUACACGGUGCGAUUCAGUCCGUGGGGCCUGAAAAAUGCCUCACUUGUCACUUACUACACAAGCUCUGGCGAAGACAUCCUCAUCAGCGGGCUGAAGCCGUUCACCAGAUACGAAUUUGCUGUGCAGUCGAACGGGGUCGGCAUCGACGGGCCUUUUGGGAAUGCGGUGGAGUGGUCCACCCUUCCAGACAGGCCGUCAACUCCUCCCUCCGAUUUGCGGUUGCACCCCAUCAACCCGUACGCUGUCCAGGUUCACUGGUGCCCUCCCUCUGAACCCAACGGGAUCAUCGUGGAAUACACCAUCCUCUACAGUGCCAACAAUACCCAGCCCGACGAGAUGUGGACUCUACUGAGAAAAGAGGGCAACACGUUCAGCACCGAAGUUCACGGGCUGGAGAGCAACACCAGGUAUUUCUUCAAGAUGGGAGCCAAGACGGCUGUUGGGCCAGGACCAUAUUCCAACGUCAAGGAUGUACAGACCUUGCGGGAGAAGUUCUCAGAUAUGCUGAAUGUUCACUCCGUCACGGGGAUCAUCGUGGGAGUCUGCUUAGGCUUGCUCUGUGUCCUCUUCUGCAUGUGUGCCAGCUUUCGCAACAACAAGCCAAGGGAGUCUGCACUUGGCCUGGAUUCCCAAGUGGCCAGGAGCCACACCUACUACCACCGGAGCCGGCAAGCACCGUCAGUUCCCACGCCCCCCUCCAACUCUCACGAACUGGAGUCCCUUGUGUCCCCGCUUUCUGAGGAUCCUCCCUCGCCACCGACAGACAUCGUGGAGCUAACUGAAGUGCAGGGCCUCGACCGGGGCCAUUCUCUCCACGACAGCACGGACCACAUCAAAAGAAAGCCUCCUUGGGAGAAACCGCUGUACAGCUGGGCAAACAGCCUAGUUGGCUGUGGAGACACCGUCCCGAAAGAGCCUGCCACUGCUUUGAACGGGUCAUUGAAGAUGGCAUCCAAUGGAGGGCAAAAGCUAUUGCUACAAGCUCUGGUCUACGAGGUUGUUACGAAUGAGACAAACAAGGAACACGCUCCCAGCAGCCUCAACCAGAUGGAAGCGGAAGUCAUCGUCCAUUCUGAUUUCUCGGCCUCCGAUUACGACACCCAACUUUGCGUGCUGGACACAGAGGAGACUUUCUCCGAGGUCCAUGACCAAGAACGCCUUCCCGUAGAGGACGUGUCUCAGCAGGCAUCUCCCAGCCUGAGCCUCAGAAAAAUGUCCCAGGACCAAGAAGACAAAAGCGACUCUGAGGCCUCCAGCACGUCGCUCAGGAUUGAGAGGCAGGCCCACAAGAUGGCUGCUGGAUUUCUUGAGCCUGACAUCGGCUUCCCCGGGUCUGGCAGAAGCCUGGACUCAGUGGGGACUGGGGACACCAACUCCCUUCAGGAAGGGGGAGAGAAAGCGCAGCCGAUCCCGUGCAGUGCUUUCCCCACAGGCCAGUCGCGGGCCCUCCUGCAUGCUGGGCUCUCCAGUAUCAUCAGUUCCACCUCAGUGUUUGAGAGUGUGGCAUGUGUCCACCAACUUUGAAGAGAGCAUUGACUGUACAUUCUUGACCAGAGCAGUGCUAGAAGUAAUAUAAUACCUGUUAAAUAAGGCUUAGCCCUUGAUGGUACUAAAUAGCUUCUGAACUCACGGUUUGGGGGGGGAGGGGCUGAGACCAUGAAGACUUGCUGCUAGUCAGAGUAGGCAGUACUGAGCUAGAUGGACCAGUGGUCUGACUCAGUAUAAGGAGGUACAGCCAUGUCUCCCGAAAGUUUUUUUUACUAAAGAGACCACACACACACACACAGAAAGUAUUUUGCCUGUGGGACCCCAGAAGCUGCUGCCUGCCUGAUUUUGUGAGUCGUUCCCCUUCCCAUUCCCCCUGCAAUGCCCACUCUGCAAAAAGCUACAAGGCAGCUGAGGAUCAAGGAAACUUGACGACAAGGAGAUGCAAUGCGCUGGCAUUUUGUGUCAGGAAGAGCAACCCUGGGGAGUGGAAGGCCCACAAGGUGUUCUCAUCCCGCCGAGAUGUCCUCCUCUGGCCCCCACAGCCCCUACACUGCCACCAGGUGGUGGUUGCCAUGCAGCCACUCACUGUGCAGGAGAAGCUUUGACCCACACAGCUAGAACUACUUCGUGUCCUUGGUACCAGUGUCGGAUUUGCUCAUCUGCGUGGUGCAAAGUGAACAGAGUCUAGCUUUUGUGAUGCCUUUUAGACAAUUUCGCCCUGCAGUGCCCCUGAAGGAGCAGAGGUGGAGAGGAAUAGGUUGUGUGAACAUCCCCAGAAUCUCUUAUGGCCUCCCAGGGCACUGUGGGCAUCACCCUUUGCCAAUGCAGGACCUGAACGGAAGAGAGUUAGGGUGCACCACUCUCAUCUGGCUGGACCACUCCCCCACCCCCUACCAAGAUGGUGGCAUUUGUUCACAGUUGGUGAGGCCCUUAAUUGGGGGCAGCGUUGGUAACUGCCAAACUCUGCCAGGUUAAUACAUAUGCAGCUUUAGGAGGAAGGAGUCCUUUUGAAAUUCAACCUUAAAUGAUGCUUUUUACAAGUCUUAAAGAUUCCUUGAUGAAUUUUUUCAACAGUACUAAUAUUUUAAUAAUGUUAAAUAUCAACUUGCCAAAAUUAAUGCUUCAACGCCUCCUUGAAAAGGAAAUCCCCGUAUCUAGCAGAAUCCUUAAUUGGAAAUGCUGAAAAGAAAUUUGCAUCAGAAUAAUGUAAAUGUGCAUUUUUGCAAACACAUCUCAGUAAAGAUCGUUAUUAGAGAAAUCUGCCCGCCCCUUGUGCAUGCACGUGUCUGUUUUGAGCUCUACUUAAAAGGCAUAAGUAGAGAAAAGUAAGACUGAAGAUGGACGGAUGAAGGCUGAUUUAGUAUGGAAGGCCGUUUGAAAAAGCCAACUGCUCAUGGCCGGUGAAUUCAUCCCAAAUUUGCCUUUGAUUAUGCUGAUUUGGCAGGGGGGUUGUAUGGAAUCUGUUUGACCAGAGGCAACAAUGGAACAAAGGUUCCCCAUGAGGGCAUGUGGCCCUCAGCUUGCAAAAGGUCCCCUCAACCCUCCGUUACCCCUUGAUUCUGUUGACGAUCAGCUGGAAAGCACCCUCCAAACCACCACCUGUUUGGGUGGGCGUUGACCCCUUUCAAGCAGAUGCUGCUGCUGCUGCUUAUUACACACUCUGCGAGUGCUUCUAACAACUUGUUCCGAAAACAGAGAACCUUCUCCAGCAACUGGGUCACCUCACCAGCCUGGAUGUUUCUGUUAACAUAGGGUGCCAUCCAGCAGGAAUUCGCCCUGUGUGGGCACCACUGCAGGGAACGGGAUCCACGGACGGCUCUUGUUCGUUUCACUGGGGCUCAAGCCGGAGGAGGGGUUCCUGCCAGAUGGUGCCCUCCCCUAGGUUCUUGUACCUAAUAUUUUAGGUAUUGGUCUCUCUUUUUCUCCUCUUUAAUAUAUGACAGUGUAUUUUUUAUUUCCUCAGAGCAUCUUUAUAUUAUUUAAUUUUAUAUGAAAAAGGAAAAAAAAAAUCUAGCCACGUGUGUUCUAGGGUAGCGUUCUUACUGCGAUUUCUCUAUUGUGUUUUUUCCCUCCUUAACACAACAACUACCUCAUGCUUGUUUUUUAAAAAAG